AUGCCCUCGUCCACAGUUUUCUCAUAUUGGCGUCGGGACCAUCGACGCUCAACCGCGCCGCCAGCUUCCCUACCAGCUCCGUCGCCAGCCCCUCCGACUGCAGCAGAGAGUCCACUCAGCCCUCCCCAGCUUCCCCAGCUUCCCGAUACCCCCACCUUCACAAGCGCCUUCGGUGGCAAUCCUUCAUACGAUGCCCCUCCCUGGAGCGACUCGCCGUUGGAGAAUGACGCCGCAAAGCUAAACUUUACCUCCUCCGCCGCGCCAUUAUCUUCCUCUGUCAGCCUCGCUGUCCCGUCGCCGCCUGCCGAUAAAGAGGGCCGUCCCCAUUCGAGUCCAGACGAGCUUGUCCCCGAAUCAACCAUCACGUCGCAGGCCAGAAAUUCCCAACUCGACCUGGCAGGAUUGCGGGCAGACGAUGGCGACGGAGAGUCGAAUUCCAAGCCGACUUCGCCGUUUAGACUGUCGUUUGGAAAGGGGCUGCGGAAUAUGCAGGCCCCAGCCGCUGAAAGUCAGAAACGGUCCCCCACGGCGGGAUUGGGGGCGAGUCAGUUUAGAUUGAAAACUUCGCCCGAGGAAAUGCUGGUGGAAAAGCCCAAUACAUUACAAAAGGACUCGAGGCAGGAUGGCAGUCUAUCGAGACGGAGUGCGGACCGCGAAGUCUCGACGGAGCAUGUGCACCACAAAUCAGGCAAGGCGAUGCUUCAUCUAUUGAACCCGAUGUCGCUUCUUGCGCGUCGCCGGUCUUCGCAGAUUGGUAACUCUCGCAUCGAGGAUGCCAAACUAAGCGCACCCAACUUGAUACCUGCCAUUCCGGAUGAUUAUGAUCCUAGAAUUCGUGGGAAGAUUGUCCAUGACUUCUCUGCUCCUCGGGCUCGUCGGAAUUUGUCUGAUAAUUCUACCACGACCGAUGGGAAGAGCCCCAUCCCACCGGAUUCGACGCUACAAAGUCCUUCUAGUCCCUGGAACGAUAGACCGAAGCGACACAGUGAAUACUCUCCUGUGUUCAAGGAGCAUUUCGAAGAUGAUGAGAAUGUGCUGCAUGUUGAGAACAAAGGUUAUCUCCAGUCAACGUUACUGACAAACCCAUCUGAACCGGGCUACGAAAAGUCAAUACCGGUUUUCGCCCGAAGAUUUCCGUCGACUGCCCCCGAGCACAGCCCAGAUGCUGGGGAUAACUAUGCCAACCUUCCUGCAGAACUUCCCGGAGACGUUCCUGUUGAACUUCCUGCAGAGGUACCACCAGAUUACGUGACACAAUCGCCAAAGGAAAGCCCCCCGGUAAACCAGAAAGAGCAAGACAUCAUCCCCAAGGUGCAUCCUGCGGGCUUGCCGAAGCACCUCAAAAGCAACGCGUCUUCAAGGUUUAGCUUCGACAUGGGCGGGGUGGAAUCUUCCGUGCAGGAGAAGCUACUCGAAGAAAAGCAUAAGGCGAAAGAAGCUGCACGAAAAAGAGAUGAUGGAUAUUUUGACGAUUUUGAUGAUGAAUUCGACCAUGACAUGAUGGAUGACAUGGAUGACCUCGAAGAAGACAUCCCUGAAAUCGGCGCUGAUUAUGACGAGGACUAUACUCCUACUGUUUCUCGGGACGUUAAUGGCGAUUUGAAGUCCUGGGCCCUACCUGCUCUUUCACCUGUUGUUGCGAGCCCGACUACACCCGCGCCGCCAUCUGAAUUCAUGAACAACCCAGUGGGCAUUGAUCCCGCUCUUGUGAUGGGAAGGAAUACGUAUUUCAGCCAGGAGCAGAUGGACCCAGAGCCAAACGAUGUUGCCCAAAAUCAUUCUUUCAUGGAGGAUACCCAGCAGCUUCCAGAUGACCACAUGCAGCCAGUCGUUGAUGAUGACGACAUGUAUUUUGACGAUGGUGAAUUUGGGGAUCUCGAUGCUGAUGAUGAAGAUGGUGGCUUUGAUGAAUCAAUCUUUGAUGAUGAAACGAGUCAUCUAUAUGAACGAAAGAUUGUCAACAAAGAGGCUAGUCAGGAACCUCCACCUACCAUUCCGGAGGAAGAUGAGCGCCUGGAAAAUGACAUGCCACUCGAUGAGGAUGCUAGCCAAGGACUUAAGCACAUGCCCAGCGUGGCAAGUGAGUACCAGACGGGCCCCAUAAAGCGUGGGCCGCUUGGUGAGCCGAUACCUAAUCUGGGACCUGCACGGGCUCAUGGUGGUGUUCUCACAGAGCAAAACCUAGAGGUAUUACACAAUGCCCUACAAUUCGCAGCAAAUGAAGCGGUGGCUCAAAGCCAAUUUGAACGCUCGUUCAGUACAAGCGAGCGGUCUGUGGGACAGGAAAGCAUACCGCAGACAUCUCAAACUGGCGACUCACAGCCUGGACUGGCAUCAGAUGACAGCCGCAUCAGUCAAGCAAUGGAUAUGAUGGGAUUUGAUGACGUCUUUGAAGAUGAUAUCUAUAAUGACUAUGCAUAUUACGAUGAUCCUAUCGUCGCUGCAGCCAAUGCCGAGGCACUGGAGAACGACGACGAGGGUUUCUACGGCCAAGAAUUUGGCUUUUAUGCUCAGGCGAAUGGCACUUCUGAACUCACAAACGGAGGCUACUUUGGUCCCCGAGGAGUCGAAGGUAUCACGCGCAGCUUUAGCAGCCGUGGGAAAUUCCAGGAACCCAGCUUGACCCCGAUCACCGAACGUAGUGAAUGGAGUACUCGUAACUCCCUAAUCUCAUUAAAGGCGCACGGUGCCGCCCAUUCAAACCCAUCACUCGCUAGCCCGGGUUUGGCCCAGCUGGUUGACAUGGGCAACCUGGACGACGAGAUGACACUAAGCGCUCUCCUGAAACUGCGACGUGGUGCUUGGGGUGGAAGCAAUGGAAGUCUUCGCAGCAGCGCUGGUAGUCCGCCACCCCAUACUAUCACAUCUUCACACCGCGGCAGCUUUGCUGGACCUUCAGAAGCUGCUAGUCCUUCUGAGGCUAGGCACUAUGCCGAUGAGGGUUUAGCGGGUAUGAUUGAUCACCAUGACGACCAUGUUUCCCAUACGAUUUCACCGCUCAAGGUUACUGGGCUAGCUCAAUAUGCCGAUCUCCCGCAUAGCGGAAUUGACGGCCCGAUCUACGCAGAUAUCGAGGAGGAAUUGCCGAAUUCCGGCACUCAGCGCCUGAAUGUCCUGUGA